AUGAUGAGCAUGGUACUCUCUCUUCAAAUCAUUAUUACAGCUUUUCUCUUUAUUACCACCACAGCCACAGCCACAGCCUCAGCCUCAUCACCACCCAGCGGCUUCACCAUGGACCUAAUCCACCGUCGCACCAUUAAUUCAUCUUCUUCUCGACGCUCUAAUAAUAAUGAUACUUAUGAUCAACUCCUAUCAUCAUCGUCUCCUUACGCCGACGUCGUCUUUGAUAACUACGAGUAUCUUAUGAAACUCAAAAUUGGUACUCCUCCUGUCGAGAUCGAGGCAACCAUAGACACAGGAAGCGAUAUGAUAUGGACACAAUGUUUGCCUUGUCUUCACUGCCACAAACAACGCAAUCCAAUAUUCGACCCUUCCAAGUCCUCCACCUACAAAGAAGAGUGCAGCAGCAAUACCUCUUCUUGUGACUACGAUUUGUACUACGGAGACGGAACCUACUCCAAAGGACGCUUAGCAACCGAGACCGUCACCAUCCAAUCCACUUCUGGCCACUCCUAUGUAAUGCCUGAAAUCGUCAUUGGAUGUUCGCACAACAGCUCAGAGGCGAUCAGAUCAACCGCUUCGGGCAUUGUUGGUCUAGGUAGGCAACCUUUAUCUCUCAUCUCUCAGAUAGGCCUCGGUGCCUUUUCUUACUGCUUUUCGCCUGAGGAGGGAACUAGUAGUAAGAUCAGCUUUGGAAGUAAUGCUAUUGUGUCGGGAGAUGGGACUGUAUCAACACCUAUGUUUCUGAAGGAGGAUAAACCAACCUUUUAUUACCUAAACCUAGACGCCGUCAGCGUUGGCAAGGCUCGCGUUGAAACAUUGGGGACCCCGUUUCACGCCGUAGACGGUAACAUAGUAAUAGACUCUGGAAGCACUGCAUUCUACUUGCCCGCUAGCUACCUCAGCCUAGUGAGGGAGUUAGUGGAGAAGGUUGUGACUGCGGAAAAAGUAGACAGCGAGGAAACGCUUUGCUACAAAACCAACUCCAUGGAUCUCUUUCCAGUGAUCACAGUGCAUUUCAGUGGGGGUGCAGAUCUUGUUUUGGAUAAAAACAAUACGUAUAUGGCAUUUAAUGGACAAGUCAUUUGUCUGAUGAUUAUGUCUGCUCCGGCAACACCAUUUGCUGAAAAAGCUGUCUUUGGCAACAGAGCACAGAGCAACUUCUUGGUUGGUUACGAUCGUUCUUCACUACAGGUUUCGUUUAAACCCACCCAUUGUGCUGAUGUUACACAAGCCAUGCCAAGAGACUCAACUUCUGCAGCAUCAUCGUUUUUACAGUUGUUUCAUAUUAAGUUUGUUUUAUUUAUACUUGUCCUUUCACUAAUAAGACCAUAG